AAGGGGGCAAGGGGGCCUGCGACAGAAAGUCAGCCACAAUAAAGUCACACAUGAAGAUAUAUCUCAAUGAGGGCCACAACAUUGACAAUGCAGAAGAAAUGAAGACGGCCAUCCUUUCAUCCGGAGGAGUACCUGGUGUGCGUGUAACCGUAUCUGGACCACCGCAGAAUGCGUCUUUGACAAAGAACAUGAAAAUUGAAAGUGUCAGCAAAAUCUCCAAUGUAAAGUUUACGACUGAAGGCAUGCAUAUCUGGAGAGCCUACCAGAUUGGCAAAGGAAAGAUACUGCCAUGGUCAAAAUGGGAUACAUCUAAGGUAACACUGCCCACAAUAGCAAGUACCGAGCAAGAACAGAGCAUGAAUUCUGUGUCAUUUCAAUCACUCCAUAACGCAAAGAAAACUGUCAAAGAAGCGAGCAACAGUACAGAUGUCAUAUCAUCAUCUACAGCACCAACUGAUAUCCAUGACGGACUGUUCACCUGCCCAGAAGUGGGAUGUGUGAAAUCAUAUCAACGUUGGUCAGCUCUUCAACAUCACCUUGAGAUUGGCAAACAUGAAAGGGCACUUGAGAACGACACUCUAAUGGAUAAAGCAGCACAKGGCUAUGCUGAGCGACUAGAACAGCAGGCGGUGGCAAUACCUAACGUCAUUGAAGUAGCUGGUAAGAAGACUAAAGAAUCAGAGCGUUCCGCACCUGCAGAAAUGGGCUGGGCCCUCAAGUCAACGCAGUCGACAAAGAAACGAUUCUCAGACAAGCAAAAGACCUAUUUGAUGAAAAUGUUUCAGCUUGGAGAGAGUACUGGGUACAAAGCCGAUCCUUCAGCAGUUUCAAAGGCAAUGAUCAAAGCARGAGGCGAUGAUGGUAACCGACUAUUCAAUAGCGAAGACUUCCUAACUACACAACAGAUCCGAAGUUUUUUUUCACGGACGGCUUCCAAAAAAAGACUUGACGCAAAGACCACACAAUGCACAGAUGAACUGAUUGAAGAUGAUGACAAUCUUGAUUAUGACGACGAGAAUGCAGAAGAAGAGUACGAACUCGAAGAGCUCACAAACAGAGUUAAUCAAGAAAUAGGAUUACAACAUCCAAUAGUAUAUGAUUCACACAAUAUCUGUGAGCUUCUAUCAGCCAAUAAGCUUAAUAAAUUUAAUAUCAAAAUGCUGAAAAUAAUUUGUUCGCAUUUUGAAUUAGACACUUCAGAAAUAACAGCUAAAUUGAAACAACCRUACAUCUCAAAACUACGAGAUUUUUGGAAAAACUGUUCGUGUCAGCAGUAAUUUUUAGGUUUUAAUACCAUAGUAUACAAUAAGAUAGGUCGAUUUCCCAGUCAAAUGGUGGAAAUAUACAGUUUACAUUAUAUUGAAAUGAUAAUCGUUUUAACUCUUACAAUCGAAGAAAUCAGUUAAACUAUUGAAAACAAGUAUGAUUCUAUAGUCGUAUUGAAACUUAUACAAUUUCAUUAAAAAAAAAUAAAGUGCGUGCAAAAAAAGGUCGACACUCGAAAAUGUAAGUGUUUUCAUGUCGGAAAUUAUCUCGAAAACACGCUAAAAAAUUGUAUUAUUACUUCCACAGUUUCUAAAAACAAGAUAUAAACGUAAUAAAUCAGUGUAAUAGCAACUUGUUGUAAUUUUUUGUGAAAUUUAAACGAUUUUUUUUGCGCUAUU